UGCCGCGCUCCCGCCUGAGGUCCCGGUGCGGCCUCCGCGCAGGCCGCGCCGCCCCGGGGCCAUCGGGAUCCCGAUUCUCCGAGCCUGGAUCCCGCUUUUCAGGGCCAGGGAAAGCUGCUGGAAUAGAACGAGCGCGUUACCUGGGGUGAGACUUGCGGUGUCAGUGCGCGGGCGGCUCUUCCUUUGCAAUCACAGAAAACGGUGAAGGGCACUGACUGCAGGAGAUCCUGGGCCCGCAAGUGCUCUUCAGUUAUGGCAACCCACAUCACAUUCCUUGUUUGCAGCCUUUUCUUCUUCAGCACUGUUUGUCCCGUAUGUAGCUCAAAUGUUUCAGUUCCAAAUACUUUUCUGCUCUCAGGAGCUGCCAAGUGCAGCAAAAGCCAGCCUGAGACAAAAGAAAAAUAAAUACACCAGUGCAUCCACCUUACUAAUUUUGAUGCUCUAAACAGAAAUUAAUAUCAACUUCUUAUAUUCUUAUGUUUCCAGCUUUAAUUUCCAUAGAUUCAUUAUUUUUAUCACUUGUAUCUGAUUCUGGGUUUUUUUCUAUUUUGUGCUAAAGUUUUAAGUGGUUUAAAAUGCUGUCACUCCAUAGGUGAAAAUCUUCUUAAGCUGAUGCACUCACUACAUUUGGAAGCUGUACAGCCAUCAGCUUCUUAGCUGCUCUGCUUCCUGAUACUGAAGAGUUUAGGAUUUUUGUUCAUGCAGACGGUUCAAAAUGAAUGAGCAUCCUAAAAAGAGGAAAAGGAAGACUCUGCAUCCUUCUCGUUACUCAGAUUCUUCAGGUGCAAGCAGAUACAUAGACAACAGUGGAAUUUUUUCUGACCACUGCUAUAGCGUCUGUUCCAUGAGACAGCCAGAUAUAAACAGAGGUAGAUUCCACAGUCCUGUGCAGAGCCUGGACACAGAUGAUGAUGGGAGUCCAGUGCAUGCCGGGAGCUCUCACUGGAGCGGGGCACACUCAAACGUUGGGAUGCACUGUACAGACCCCAAAAAGAGGGAUAAAGGUAAAGAUAAAGGUACUAACAACGGAAUGUGCAGAGACUUAUGUGACUCACCUAUAUUCAGUGACAGCCCCACAGAAGAAGAGAAACCUCUAGAUAUCCAAACUGUAGAAAUUUCUACAACAGAAGUGAAUGCUGUAGAAGUUCACGAUAUAGAAACACAGACUGUGUCACCUGAGAAGCUAGAAGCUGAGGACCUCGAGGAAAUCCCUCUGGAGACCUGUAAAAUCUUUGAGAAGAACCAGGCUUUGAAUAUCACAGCUCAACAGAAAUGGCCUUUGCUGAGAGCCAACAGCAGUGGCUUGUACAAAUGUGAGCUCUGUGAGUUCAACAGCAAGUACUUCUCUGAUCUGAAGCAGCACAUGAUCCUGAAGCAUAAGACAUGUACAGACACUCAUGUCUGUAAAGUUUGUAAAGAAAGUUUCUCCAGCAAAGUGCAGCUCAUUGAACACGUAAAACUACACGAGGAGGAUCCAUACAUCUGUAAAUACUGCGAUUACAAAACGGUGAUUUUUGAGAAUCUGAGUCAGCACAUAGCAGACACUCACUUCAACGACCACCUUUACUGGUGUGAGCAGUGUGAUGUGCAGUUCUCCUCCAGCAGUGAGCUGUACCUGCACUUCCAGGAGCACAGCUGUGACGAGCAGUACCUGUGUCAGUUCUGCGAGCACGAGACAAAUGACCCCGAGGAUCUGCACAGCCACGUGGUGAACGAGCACGCGUGCAGGCUCAUCGAGCUCAGCGACAGCUACAACAACAAGGAGCGUGGCCAGUACAGCCUCAUCAACAAAAUCAGUUUUGACAAAUGCAAAAACUUCUUUGUGUGCCAGGUGUGCGGCUUUAGGAGCAGGCUGCAUACAAAUGUCAACAGGCACGUAGCUAUUGAGCACACCAAAAUAUUCCCUCAUGUUUGUGAUGACUGUGGGAAAGGAUUUUCAGGUAUGUUAGAAUAUUGCAAGCACCUAAGCUCUCAUUUAUCUGAAGGGAUUUAUUUGUGUCAAUACUGUGAAUAUUCGACGGGACAGAUUGAAGACCUUAAAACUCAUUUGGAUUUUAGGCAUUCAGCAGAUUUGCCUCAUAAAUGUACUGAUUGUUUAAUGAGGUUUGGGAAUGAAAAAGAUCUUUUAAGUCAUCUUCAGAUACAUGAGACAGUGUGAUUGCUUUCUUUCUCUGUAAUCAAUUUGUUAGAAUUGGAAUUAAUUUCCAGUCACUGGAAUGUGAUAUUAAAUACAGUUUUAACAACAAUUUUACAUUUCUAAUGUUUUCAUCUUUAUAUCAGUAAAGCAUGUAUAGCACUUGGUGUUGUGAAUUUCCUUGUCUAGGGGUUUCAGUAGGAAUAAUCACAUUUCCAGUGUGAUGGAUCAGAUUUUGUGGGGAGGGACAGUGGGCGUAAUUGCAUGUUGUGAUACGAGUUCUGAUGGUCAUCCCACUCUUUCGUGUCUAGUGAACAAGACUUCUCUUGACUUUAAAAAGGCACAAAAACAAAGCAAAUACCUAAUUCCAUGCUUAAAUAACCCAAUACUGGUUUCAGUGGCACAUCCAGCUCAUGUUACCCUGUGUGGCAGCAGGUCAUUGCACUGGUGUUUAGCAAUAGCACUAGCCUGCCAAAGAUAAGGGUGUUCCAAAAGUUCCCGGGCAUGGACAUCUCCAGAUUCACAUACCAGCCUUCAUUUACCACCUCAUGCUCCUGAUAAGCUUUUUCAAUUGUCCUAUUUUUCUCUUAGGAUACCUUUCUGACCUCACUGUUCCCUUUGUUCUAUGUUUAAGUCCUAUCUGUGGGACUGUCCAACACAUGUACAACACACUCUUCCACAAGACUCCCACAUGAUAUUCCCUUAUAUACCUUCAGUUCUUGUAUUUGAAUGUGCUGAGGAGACACCUAUUGCUUGGGUUUGGAUUGGAUCAUGUUCUAAAGAGUAAUUGCAAAAGGAAUUCACAAUGAUCCUGCUGAGAUUAAUUUCUUGCGUAAAAUCCUAGUUUAGCUCUCACUGAAAUUAUGUAUGUCACUAACCUAUGACUAGAGCAAUCUUCUAGUAGUCUAUAUUAUUGUAAUAAUUCUGUAUAUUUAUCAUUAUCUUUCCACCACUAGUAACUUGAGGAAUGUUAUUUUAACUGUAAAUUUCAAACUUUUAUAUAUGGGCUUAAAAGACUGGUACAUUACAAAAUUUUUACUAAUAACUCUCAAAUUAUUUCACACAUUUGUUUAUUUUACAUGUAGCACUUUCCUGCCAUUGUAAUAGUUGUGAGUUUUUACAGUUCAUUCUGUAGUUCUAUUUCCAAGUAUCCACUUGGAAAUAGAUACUUUUUAUCUAUUAAAAAGAUAAAAAGACAA